GUUCAACAAGUAGUGAUUGCCGCCGUCGAUUGGCUUCGAUCGUCGCCGAACUGCAGGAAACCUGAACUGAUCGGUUCAAGGUAUCCCUUUCGUCCGAAGGAUUCAGCGAAUUUGAUUUGUAGCGUGCGAAGCUGAAGUUUGAAGAAAAUGACACUAUAGUGAAAAUUCAAGCCGAAGACGAAGAAGAAGUGAAGAAGACGAAGAAGUGAUCGCGAUCGAUGACGGUUUUGUCAGUGUGAGUGUUACGCCCGUUGAAACCGACCUCUAUUCCUCCUAAAACCACGUAUACCAAAAAAAAUCUCGCUGUGAGUGAGCGAGCGGUGCCGCUUGUAGUACCGAACCGUCAAAGUUUCCGUUUCCGUCCACACGUCCGUCGUUCCCUUGGCCGGUUGAACGCGGCGUAGUUGACCAACUGUGUGUUGUGAUUUGGGGUCAAGAGCAGUCUCAGUGUCGAUCGCCAAGCGAGCAAAGGAAGAAGUGACCAAGAUCAAGUGAAGCGUCCGUCGAAAUGUCCGCAACGGCGGCCGUGAAGCUUCCAGCAGCGAAUGUGCACCAGCUCAAUGGAUCGUCAACGGCAAAGACGUCCAGCAGCGAUACGGCUGCCAAGAAGUCGGUCAAGGUCGGCGAAGCACCAGCUGCGACGGCAGCUCUACCAACGCCCAACGGAACUUCCGGCUCUAAUCCUUGUUUUCCAGAUUGAAACCGAGGAAGAUGUGGACAGUUUCGGUGAAACGGCGAUGAACAGUGAACUACAGUGCUACUACAGUGGUUCAAGUGUGAAAGGGCCACAUCAGACGAUGGCUGCCUAUCACCAACCACAGCAUCUGCUCCACCAACAGCAGCAGCAGCAAUUAGUGCCAAGUGAAAGUAAUUAUCAGCAUCAGUUGUAUCAAUCUCAGCAGCAGCAGCAGCCUCAACCGAUGCUAACCAGUCCACCGAUACCGCCGAUAAGGAACUUUGAAAAUGUCAUGAUCACUGGCGGAGCAAAUCCGGACUCCGGUGAGGGGGGUUUUGUGUACACGAAUCUGAUGAGUGGCGGCGGAGGAAAUCACGUUAAUUACAACGGUACCUAUUACGGCGGCGAGUUAAUUGAUUUAAGUGCAUCACAGCAACAGCAGCAGCAGUUGCAUCAGCAUCAUCAACCUGUUGCAGUAGCAGCUCCGAUUCAUCACCAAUCUGCGGCCGCCCCAAUGCAGCAUAAUGAUAUGUACAAUGCCGAUAUCGAUUUCAUGAACAAUUAUUUAAAAAGCCUCCCCGACUAUGCGGCAGUGGCUUGUCCGAGUUCCCAACCGAGUGCGGGAGGAGGACCCGUGGCGGCGGUCAGUAGCGGAAAGAGUGAAAACUACCGGCACCAUUACGUCAAUGACCCCUACCUGCAAUAUUACGACAGUGCAACGGCGAUGCAAGGCUAUUACCCGAUCGCCAAGUCCAGUUCGUACCACGCGUACAGCUCAAUCCCGUCCACCUCCUCAUCCUCGUCCGGGACGACUGGGAGCAACACCACGGGAGGCCAUCCCACAUACUACCAACCGGUUCAGUACAUCCAGUCCCAGCAGCCGUUCCACCAGCAGCAUGGACCUGUCCAUGGUCAUAGCCAUCAGCUCCCGCCUCAUCAUCAUAAUCACCAUCACCACCACGGCCAACAUCACCAUUCCCAGCAGGGUGAUAAAUUAUCUCGCAGCAAUUCGCACUCCAUCGUACAACCGCGAGCCUCGGCCGAGAACAAGUUCGCAGGUUGCGGCCACAAGAAGAACCGAGCCACCCCUGGCGAUGGCAAGAGUUCCUCGACCGCACCCAAGCAGUCCAACAUGAGCAAGUUCUGGCAGGAAACCACCUCCAACAAACCGGCCGUCCCGCCCAAGUUCGGCUGGAACUACGACCGCAUCAUGGCCAAAACCAAGAAGGACGUCCAGAACAGCAUCAACGAGUACAAGAAGAACGUCACCAGCAUGCACAACCUGUACAGUAGUCCCGACGGUCACAUCCCCGAGGCUAGCAAUUACUUCAAAUUGCGCAAAAACUAUUCCUACUCCCACCUGGACAAGCACAUCCGCGAUCACCUCACCGAAGAGGAGUUCCAAAAGCUAGUCAGCGAAAGCGAAUCCAAGCCAAACUUCUACAGCAAUCACUCGUGCAACUUCGUGAACCCCCUGUGCAAAAGCUUCUCCAGUGGCGCCAUGAGCUUCGGUCAACCCUUCCUCCCACCCCCGCGACCCAUCCCACCCUCCUCCAGCCAAACCCCCACGAACCUCACCAAAAGCUCCUCCAACACUUCCAUCCUCCGGAGACCCUCCAUCACCCUCCCAGACGUCACCGCCUUCAUCCCGUCCUUCAACCUCGCCAAAAGCUCCUCCUCCUCCUGUAUCUACACCAAAGCGCUCAACCAACCCAACAGCAAAAAAUACAAUCUCUUCACACCGUACAAACCCAUCGUCCCGGACUCCCUCCCGCCCAACGACAUCAGCGCCACCAACAAAAUGAUCUCCAAAAACAACGCCCUCAUCAAGAAGAGCGCCUCGUUCAACCCCUUCGGCAGCAGUGGGCCUCCACCGCGCAAGGGAACCGGCGACAGCUUCUUCAUCAAGCAGUACAUCCCGCCGGCCAACAAGGUCGUCAUCGACUAUCCGCCCUUCACCAAAAUCUCCUCCAUUCAAAUCCCCAUCAACGGGCAGCUCCCGCCAGCUUUCCCCAACACCGCCCGGGAUCUCAACAACAACAACCCCCACCACCAAGACUCCUGCAUCAUCAACAUCGAAGACAACAUCGAACAAAGUAUAGCGGAUAUUUACAAUGUUGCAGCACCCACCACCACCCCCGUCGGAGUCUUCAAAAGCUACUCCCACUCCCGGCUCAACCCGGACGCCAAGAACUUCACCCCCAGUCGAUCGCUCUGCGACCAGUCCACCUCGACCACCACUGCCCUCACCCGGUCCAACUCCAACAGCUGCAACGUCGCCAUCAACCACAACGGCAAGAUCCAACCCCUCCCGGUCACCUCGAUCUUCGCCUCAACCGUCCAGGUAACCCCGACGUACGUCCCCGCCAAGGGCAUCACCCUGUCCCAGUCGGCCACCCAGAUCGCGUCCUACGGCGACGAACCGGACGACGAGGACACCGUAGUCCCGUGCGGUUCCGACCUCGACGACGAUGAUGACGACGAGGACGACGACGACGAAUACGAUCUCAACUACCUCGGGGACGACGACGGCGAAGCCGUCCCAGACCCCCCAGAACCCCAGGAAGGUCUCUACAGUCACUGUCUGGAUCAGUACUUCAUGCCGUCCGCUUCCACGUCCUCCCGUGCCGCCGAAAAACCCCCGUCCAGCAGUUGUACCCCCUUCAAAAAACCCGCCCCCGAUACCGUCCCUCGGAUAUUCAAGGCUAGCGCGGACAUCUUCCUGGAGACGGACGGUGCCGCCGGGGUGGAUCCCAGCGGGACCGGUCUCGGCUCCGAACAGCAGUACCUGCUGGACGACGAGGAACCGUAUGCGGCGGCCAGCGCAGCCGUCGGUGCGUUCCCUACCUCGGACUCCACGGAUUCGUGCUCGCCCGGAGCGGGAUCUACGAGCGCGGUGGUCGCCACCGCCGAAGAGGACAACCACGGCACGGAGAAACAACCAUCCGUCAGGGAUGAUGCUGAUGGGCAUUUGAUUUACCACACUGGCGACAUUCUUCAUAACAGAUAUAAAAUCCUGGCCACCCUAGGCGAGGGAACGUUUGGCAGGGUGGUGAAAGUCAAGGAUUUGGAAAUGGAACACACCAUGGCACUGAAGGUGAUCAAGAACGUCGAAAAGUACCGGGAAGCAGCCAAGCUGGAGAUCAACGCCCUGGAGAAGAUCGCCGAAAAGGAUCCAACUUUCCAGCAUUUGUGUGUCAAAAUGCUGGACUGGUUCGAUUACCAUGGUCACAUGUGCAUCGCGUUCGAAAUGCUGGGGCUCAGUGUUUUCGACUUUCUAAGAGAAAACAACUACGAACCCUACCCGAUGGAUCACGUGCGGCACAUGGCCUACCAGCUGUGCUACGCGGUCAAAUUCCUGCACGAAAACAAACUCACCCACACGGAUCUGAAGCCGGAGAAUAUCCUGUUUGUGGACUCGGAGUUCACGACGACGUUCAACGGCCGAAAGAACCGUGAGGUCCGUCGCGUCAAGUGCACCGACAUUCGGUUGAUCGACUUUGGCAGUGCCACGUUCGAUCACGAGCACCACAGUACGAUCGUGUCAACGCGCCACUACCGGGCGCCGGAAGUAAUCCUGGAGCUGGGCUGGUCGCAACCGUGCGACGUCUGGUCGAUAGGGUGUAUAAUGUUUGAACUGUAUCUGGGCAUUACGCUAUUUCAAACCCACGACAACAGGGAACAUCUGGCUAUGAUGGAGCGUAUAUUGGGUACAAUUCCUUACCGAAUGGCCAGAAAAACCCGCACCAAAUACUUCCACCACGGAAAGCUCGACUGGGACGAGAAGUCGUCGGCGGGGCGGUACGUGCGCGACCACUGCAAACCCCUGCACCGGUACGUGCUGGCGGAGACGCCCGACCACCUGCAGCUGUUCGACAUCAUCCGACGCAUGCUGGAGUACGAUCCGGCAAACAGAAUCACACUAGGUGAAGCCCUGCGGCAUCCGUUCUUCGCAAAGCUCCCGCCGGCGCAGCGUUUGCACGAGAAAUGUAAUGAAAAUUCCGUCUCGGCCAGUAGUAGCCGGGAGCGUUCCCAUAGUUUAUCGAGAUGAAAUUCGGAACGAUUUGAUUAUUAUUAAUUAAUAAUAUUUACACAAAACACUCAUAUACCUACAAAAGAAAAGAAGGGAAAACACUAAGAACCUCACCUACGAAGAAACAGAAAAAAGGAAAAUUCGCAUAGUAACACAAACACACACACAGAGAAACAAACUCCAACGAAGAAGAAAGUCUGUGAACAACAAGGGAAUUAAUAUAAAAAAA